AUGAGGUUCACCCUCCCCACGCUCAUCCUCGGCCUCGCCCUCACGGCCUCGGCCUGCGCCAACGACACCCUCUCCCACUCCCACGACUCCAUUAGCGCAACCAGCAUCACGACCCACACCUCCACCCGCACCGUCAUGCGCGUCGUCACCGAGACGCAGACUGGCGUGCCGCCCACCUCUGCCGCCGCCGCCAGCUCUUCCGGGUACGCCGCCAGCACGGGCUUUCUGCCUGCCAGUGGGAACGCGACGGUGCCGGCCGGCACGGGCUUCAAGGCCACGGCGUCGCCCACCGCGUCGGCGAAGCCGUUUACGGGCGCGGGAAACGCGCUUAGGGGCGUCGGCGCGGGCGCGCUUGCCAUUGCCGGCGGCGUGGCGGUUUUCGUGCUAUGA